AUGUCUUCCACUCAAGAUGCCCCCUCCAACGGUAGCGCAGAUGCUGCAAAGGGUGGACUCCCAAAGGACUUGGUGAAUGCCAUGCAGGCCAUUUUCGGCAAGCAUCCUGGCUUUCGCACCACUCACGCCAAGGGUCUUCUUGUUGAGGGUAAAUUCACACCAACCAAGGAGGCCAAGACACUUUCCAUUGCUCCUCACUUCAACAACCCUUCAACCCCUGUCGUCGCUCGCUUUUCUGUCGGUGGUGGUAUCCCUCACAUUGCCGACGUGGACAACGGCGCCACUCCCAAGGGUAUCGCCGUCCGUUUCCAGAUUGACUGUGAUACUUACACCGACCUGAUUGCCCACACCUUCAAUGGAUUCGCCACCAAGGACGGUGAGGGCUUCUUGGCCUUCCUGAAGCUCUUUGGGGCUGUUGGAAAGGCUGAAGCUGCACUCAAGAAGGCCCUUGAGGAGGGCCGUGAUGCUACCAAGGAGAAGGAGAUCCUGAAGCAGGUUGGGACUGCGUUCAAUGCCUUCCUCGGCCAGCCUGGAAACGAAUCUGCCAGGGAAUUCGUGUCGGCCGAGAAGCCAAACCCCCACAACUAUGGUACUAUCACGUACUACGAGCCCAACACACACGUCCUGACCAACAAGGACGGCAAGGUCACCAACGUGCGGUACCGCCUUAUUCCCGCCGAUGGAGAGCAUCUCUACCCUCAGAAGACCGACGAGGAUAAGAAGUUCUUGGAGAACCUUCCCAAGAGCUACCUGGAGGAUGACCUGCAGCAACGAUUCCCAAGCAAGCCUAUUGUCUUCACGAUCCAGGCACAUAUCGCAGACCCCCACGACAUUCUGGACAAUGCCACAAAGCCAUACAAGAGCACCACCUUCGUUCCUGUCGGUAAGCUUGAGAUCAACAAGGUCUCGGAUGACAAUGCGGCCAGACAGCAACAGAUUGCAUUCAGCCCAGUCCCGGAGAAGGGUGGUGUCAAGGGUAUCACAUCGUCCAAGGAUCCUCUCAUCUCUGCACGAAAGGGCGUCUACUACAUCAGCGCUGACCAGCGGAGACAUGAGAAGCAGGUCGAGUAA